ACGACAGACGCGGGCUUCGGAGCCUUUCCUUGCGACCUCGCGAAAGUCAAUUAUCCAUGGACGCGCGAAGGCACUUCUCGCUCCGGCCGAGUUGGACCCGCUGCCUAUUUACAUGCAAUAGGGAAUAGCAAAUACUAAUACGUAGCACUCGCGGUUUGCGCCAGUAUGCUAUGUUUUGCGAACCCACGCAGCCACGCAGCCACGCAGCCACGCAGCCACGCAGCCACGCAGCCACGCAGCCACGCAGCCACGCAGCCACGGACAGGGGUGGUCCUGGGGGGCUUCGCCCCCCCUGGAUCGCUUCGCUCGGGGGGCUCAGCCCAAAAAUGACCCUCCAAGGCAGUAGCCCGCAACCAUGCAGCGCACCCAGCUGAUCCACAUCAGCUCAGCUAACCGGCGCAGCGGCACGCCAGCUGAUUUUUGGGUGACGCUUCCACACGCGGCAAUCAAGCUGGACCGCACCCGUGGCCGCAUCAAGGUGUCUGUGGUGUCCGCAGUUGUGAACCGCAGCUGGUACUCGGUCACCGCAGCAAACAGCACCUGGUCCGUCUUUGACGGCUCCACCACCACCAACCUGACGCUGCCUGAGGGGUACUAUGACGUGAACUCCCUCCGCACAGCCCUAGCCGCCCUGCUGCCUGGCUGGGGUGUGACAUAUCUGCGCGUCACAAACAAGUUCCGCUUUACGCCCCCUCCUGACGGCAAGACUUACCGAUUCAGCUUCCCUGGGUACGCUUACGAGCUGCUGGGCUUCCAGCACGGCGCGCAACCCACAGGAACAAACGCAAGCCCCAUUGUAAGUCAGCGCCCCGUCAAGCUGAACCGAGAGAACAGUGUGUGUGUGCACGCCUCCCUGCCCAAGGAACGGGGCGCCGUGGUGGACAACCUGGCCACCUCGGGGUUCGUUGAGAGCCAUGUGCUCGUAGCCAUACCCAUUGAUGCAGCACCCUUUGACAACAUCACUUUUGCCGCCAAUGAGAGCGACAUGUACACUUACACGCUCACCGCACAGCACCUGGAUGACAUACGCUUCUGGGUGACUGACGACACGGGCCGAGCACUACACUAUAACGACGGGUCCAUGCGUUAGAGCAUGCGUUAGCAUGCGUGCCGCAUGGCCCAAACGCAUGCUUAACGCGUGAAAAGCAUGUGCUGUACGCAUGCGGUGCCCGCCCAUACGCAUGCGUGCGCUACCAGAGCAUGCGUUACCUAACGCAUGCUGGUGUUGGCUAGCGGCCGCAGCGACUCUUUCUGGAUGUACGCAUGCGUCCCGAACGCAUGCCAUACGCAUGCUUGAAGCACAUAUGCCGGUUGCGUGAAGUACUACGCAUGCCAUGGCGCAUGCGGGACGCAUGUGCGUUACCUAACGCAAGCAG